AUGUAUCUACGCACUAUAUCUUCCUCCCCAAGUCAUCCUGGGCAUUACUAUGAAAGUCCACGUUACUUCAACCCCCGGCUAGCUGACUUCACCUCUUGCACAAUCGAUCUCGAUCAAAAUCAUGCUAUGCAGCUGAUCUCAGAACUUAACACUCAAGUUACCCAAAGAAGCUUUGAAUUUCAAAACCCCAAAGAACAACUUGAGCUUCUCAGAUUAGAAACAACCCGAAGGAAGAUCCUAGGCAACAUGACUGUUCAGCCUGAUCUCCCCGGGAGGAAACCGACUCAAGGCUCAUCUGCUCAAGCCACAAGUGAUAACUCUGCGUUUGGAGAGCCCGGCCCCAGUCUCCCAAUCACACACCGAACCCGUGCAGCCAUCCUUAGUGAGAGCGAAAUCAGCGUGCUAGAUAUUGGUCCCAGCUUACAUUCCAGCCACAACUCAACAAUUGCUUCUCGUCGCGCCAGUGCCACCAAACACAACAAACCGAGACUUCUCCGUACUGCUUCUCCCGCUUUUCUCGCGGGACCUGACAGCGACGGUUCGGACAAAGCAAGCCCAGUCCGAACACCUCUUCGAAUCGCCGAUCUCGAUUCUGUUGCCGUGACAUCUGCCAGUACUUCUGUGAGCAAUGAGUUUCCAUUGCAUCUUCGUGAGCGUCGCCAAGAACAAUUCAACAUUACUCUACCCGGUCCACGUGGGCUUCGACGUCCUCAUGAUCAACGUUCAUUUUCCGGUGGUCAUUACGAGCUCUUGGGAUAUGGAUAUGGCUAUUCAGGAUUUACUCCCGACCCCUUUUACACUCCUGAUGAGCCGGACCGCCACAUUCAUGCACAGUCUGUUCCGCAUUCCCCUCGAUCACCCUCUGAAUACACUCGACCUUCCCUGCCACGCUCGCAGAGCUCCUUUGCGGGCAUGGGGCCAGAAUUUGCUUCUAUGCGCAAUGCAGAGCAGGUGAGAAAGACCAAGGCCGCAAAGAAGGCUACGUGCGAAGCUAAGGAAGAUGGUGACGGUCAAAUUUAA